AGAUAAGUCGAAUAGAAUGUCUGGUAAGUAUACGCACUCCUUAAAUAUUUUUCUCGCCAACGGGUAAUGCAGCAUCCACCUCAUGCUGAAUUCGUGUCUUAUCCAGAGGUAUAUUUGGUACCGCUCUGUUUUCCCCAAGUAGGUAAAAGGUCCCGGUCUACACCUUUCAACCUCUUUAACGGGUUGCACUUUCAAGUUAACACCAGCGUUGUGUGUUAGUAUUAAAAAAUUCCUCUUCACCUCAGUCAUUAUAUGAUUAACAAUCUCAGGGUAUUUAAACUCCAAACCUUUAGCGUUGACCAUGUUCCGCAUAUCAGCCUCCAAAAACCUCGACAUAGGAGUACUUGGACACCUCUCGGCAUACUUCCUAAUCUUUUUAUGCGACUUAUUCAACUUGGGCACCUCAGGGUACAACUCCGUGAUUUUGUGCCUCAACUCCUUCACCUUAGUUUGUCGUGUGUACUCAGCUUGAAAGUCCAGAAGCCGCUGCUCCUUAAUUUGCUGAAUGUUAAAUUUUUUCAGCAAAUCUUCCGAUACGUGGUGUCCCACGCAUGUCGCCAGUGGUAAAGGCACAUACUUUGUCCUUGCGUGUACCCUGCAUUUGCCGGAGACAUCCACCUUUUUCUUGUCCUUUGUGUUCAUUUUUAGGGUUAUAACUCAAAAUAUGACGUAUGUUAUAACUUGUCAAUUGGGAUAAAUUAGAGUUAAUUUAACAAAAUACAUGUAAAAUUAUUAGGACAAUAUGGAUAUCUGUUUUUGUAACUAUGUAGCGAAAGAAGAUCUUCUUGGAGUUUACAAGACUAUUUUAACGUUUCUGGAAUCACAAAAUUUCAAAGAGACAGCCAAAACCUUCAAGCAAGAAUGCCUUACUUUUGGUGUGGACCCUCUAAACAAAACAUGUUCCGGCACUGAAUCCUUAGAGUCCGCUCUGGAGCAAGUGAUGAAGACUUUGAAGAAAAUCGAGUACACCAUAUUGAACAGCCAAAAAGAGUUGGAUAUAUCGAAUAUUCUCGAAGAGAUUGCUCACAAAAUCAAGAAGAAGAAUGUGGAAAUUAUUGAGUGUGAUGAUAAUAAAGAUAUCAAGGCAGAAGCACAACUUGCAAUUGAAGAACCUACCAAGAUAGAAUGUAUCACGAACCUGGAUUUUUCUAAAUUAAAAUAUGACAUGGGUAAUAGUAUAACGGACGUGCAAAUGCAACUACUAAGGGCGUUAAGAUGGGGCAUAUUAGAAAAUAACAAAGAAGAACGGACUCUAUUCCUGGAUUUACUAAUCAAAAACGAUAUACUGCAACUAAAAUCACCAGAUGAAAAUUUUGUGGGCUUCUUUUUGAAAACCAACAGAGUGCUGCACCUUCAAGAAAGUAUGUGCAGAUUAGUGAAUACCAUAGCAUCGUUAAAAUCUGGACGAGAUUACCUCACAUCCACGGAUACUUUUAUACAAGUAGUUUUGUUCCCCAACCUACUAAGGCAAAACAUAUCCAACAUUUGCAAAGAAAUGCUUAUUGCGACUCUUCAAAAACUAUCUCUUAGAAGUGCUUCGAGAUACCUGAUGAUAAGGUUUGGUAUGCUGGAAUUCAUCAUCGAUUUUCUCGAUGAGUCGGCCGACAAUGCCUCUAUAUAUUGCUUGGAGUAUUGUUCGGCCCUGUUGAUGAAUCUUUGCUUGGAACAGGAGGGAAGGGAUAGAUGCGCCCAAAUGGCCAAAAAUGUUGUGGCGAUCCUGAAAAAAUUGCUAUUGGGUGAGAUGGCCUGUUGCUUGCCUUGCGUCAAUGGAACACUGUUCAGUAUUUUGGUGGAUAAAAAGGUAAAUGAGGAGGCUAGGGUGCAGAAAUUGGACCAACUAUUAACAUACAUUGCCAAAACCUCUGAAGAUGAAAGUAUUCAGAAGCAAAUUGGUAUAAUACUUUAUCUGAGAUUUCAUGGUAAUGUUGAACCUUUAUCGGAGGAUAUCACUAACCAAGAAUUGGAGAACGAGGAGGAGUUUCUGGAGAAGGAGUUGGAUAUGGGUGAUGUAACACAUGAUCAAAACUAUAAAGCGAUCCUGCAACCAUAUGCAAUAAAGCUAAAAAACCAAGAAGAGCCUCACAUUGUAUGGUUUUGCAAGCCAAUGACGCCAGCCUGUGUUAAAAGUAAAAUUUACGUUUCGCGAAGCACAUAUCCAGAACAAGAUAUAUCAUCAAAAAAUAAUAAAAAAUUCAAACAGCAUUUAGGGUAA